UUCCGGGGCAGCACACGCGGGCGCGCGCACGUGGGGCCGGGGCGGAGAGAGGCGAGCUCCCUAAGUGGCGAGCCCUUCCACUGGAAUGGGUGAAUUUAAUGUCCAUCGAGUGCGUUUCUUUAAUUAUGUUCCAUCAGGGAUCCGCUGUGUGGCUUACAAUAACCAGUCAAACAGAUUGGCUGUUUCACGAACAGAUGGCACUGUGGAAAUUUAUAAUUUGUCAGCAAACUACUUUCAGGAGAAAUUUUUCCCAGGUCAUGAGUCUCGGGCCACAGAAGCUCUGUGCUGGGCGAAAGGACAGCGACUGUUUAGUGCUGGACUCAAUGGAGAAAUUAUCGAGUAUGAUUUACAGGCAUUGACCAUCAAGUAUGCUGUGGAUGCCUUUGGAGGGCCCAUCUGGAGCAUGGCCACCAGCCCCAAUGGCUCUCAACUUUUGGUUGGCUGUGAAGAUGGAUCUGUGAAAUUAUUUCAGAUCACUCCAGACAAAAUCCAGUUUGAAAGAAAUUUUGAUCGUCAGAAAAGUCGAAUCCUGAGUCUCAGCUGGCAUCCUGCUGGUACUCACGUUGCGGCUGGCUCCAUAGACUAUAUUAGCGUGUUUGACUCCAAAUCAGGAAGCGCUAUUGGUAAGAUGCUGGUGGAUAGGCAGUACAUGGGCGUGUCCAAGCGGAAGUGCAUCAUUUGGGGUGUGGCCUUCCUGUCAGAUGGCACUGUCAUAAGCGUGGACUCUGCUGGGAAGGUGCAGAUCUGGGACUCAGCUACUGGGACCCUCGUGAAGAACCAUCUGGUCUCGAAUGCUGACGUGCAGUCCAUUGCCGUAUCCGCUCAAGAAGACAGUUUCGUGGUGGGUACAGCCGAGGGGACAGUGUUCCAUUUUCAGCUGGUCUCUGUGACUUCCAGCAGCAGCGAGAAGCAGUGGGUGCGGACGAAGCCAUUUCAGCAUCACACCCACGACGUGCGAGCCGUGGCUCACAGCCCCACCGCACUGAUAUCUGGAGGCACCGACACCCACUUAGUUAUUCGUCCUCUGAUGGAGAAAGUGGAGGUAAAGAAUUAUGAUGCUGCUCUCCGAAAAAUCACUUUUCCCCACCGACGGCUUGUUUCCUGUGCAAAAAAGAAGCAGCUUCUCCUCUUCCAGUUUGCUCAUCACUUGGAACUCUGGCGACUGGGAUCCACAGUUGCAACAGGAAAGAAUGGGGAUACCCUUCCACUCUCUAAAAAUGCAGAUCAUUUACUUCAUCUCAAGACAAAGGGUCCUGAGAACAUUAUCUGCAGCUGUAUCUCCCCAUGUGGUGGUUGGAUAGCCUGUUCUACAGCUUCUCGUUUUUUUCUCUAUCGACUGAAUUAUGAACAUGACAACAUAAGCCUGCAGAGGGUUUCCAAAAUGCCAGUGUUCCUUCGCUCUGCCCUCCAGAUUUUGUUUUCUGAGGAUUCAACAAAGCUCUUUGUGGCAUCAAAUCAAGGGUCUCUUCGUGUCUUUCGGCUCCUGGAAGGAGGCUUCACGCACCUGCAUUCUUUCCAGCCCCAGUCAGGGACCGUGCAGUCCAUGUGUUUGCUGGCAGUCAGUCCAGACGGAAACUGGCUCGCUGCCUCAGGCACCAGCGCCGGUGUGCACGUGUACAGCGUGAAACAGCUAAAGCUUCACUGCACAGUGCCUGCUUACAACUUCCCUGUGACUGCUCUGGCCAUCGCACCCAAUACCAACAACCUCGUCAUUGCUCAUUCUGACCAGCAGGUAUUUGAGUACAGCAUCCCAGACAAACAGUACACAGAAUGGAGCCGGACUGUCCAGAAGCAGGGGUUUCAUCAUCUUUGGCUCCAAAGGGACACUCCCAUCACACACAUCAGUUUUCAUCCCAAGAGACCAAUGCACAUCCUCCUCCACGACACCUACAUGUUCUGCCUCAUCGACAAGUCAUUGCCUCUUCCAAAUGACAAAACCUUACUGUACAACCCACUGCCUCCCACAAACGAAUCUGAUGUCAUCAGGAGGCGCACAGCUCAUGCCUUUAAAAUUUCUAAGAAAUAUAAGCCUCUGCUGUUUGUGGAUCUCCUGGAUGAAAAGACCCUGGUGGCAGUAGAACGGCCUCUGGAUGACAUCAUUGCUCAGCUCCCACCACCCAUCAAAAAGAAGAAAUUUGGAACCUAAAGAGGGCACUGUCUGUGUCUUUCCUUGAACUGUCUACCCUGUUUUCACAAAUCAUGAUAAUAAAACAAAGUUAUUCUUUA